AUGACAAAGCACCUCUCGACGCUCGUCUAUCACUUUCCUUCCCUCCACACGAGCUUCGACCUCGCACAGACCGACACGUCAAACUCGACUGGCUCGUCGCUCUGGCUCUCGUCCCAGGUGCUCGCUUCCCACCUCAUCUCCCUCUCUUUUCGUCACAGCGGUACGAUAGCUGCGGCUCAGCAAGAUCAACAGGGACGGGACGGACGACGAGGGCGGCGCACCGCAAUCGAGCUGGGAUCGGGCACCGGCCUCCUCUCGCUGCUGCUGGCCCGACUCGGAUGGCACGUCAUCGCCACCGACAUCCAGCCCGUCCUCUCCACCGUCCUGCGUCGCAACACUCGGACGGCUCGCUUCCUGCCCGCCAUGGCAACGUCCGGUGGCAAGCUCGAGGUGCGCCAACUCGACUGGACGUGCCCCCCGCACGACUGGGAUUGGUCAAGGCGCGGCAACAUCGCCGGGCCCCCGAACCACGGCGGUGGCGGCGUCGAUCAAUAUCAAGAUCAACAUCUCGACGACGAAGACGACUAUGCUGAUGUCACACGCACCCUCCGGGCCACCGAAGGCACCACGCCCGAUUUCGACCUGAUCCUAACAGCCGACACCGUCUACGAGCCCAGCCUGGUGCGACCCCUCAUCCGCGCCCUCUCGCACCUCUACCGCUCCCACUCGGCCUUCGACCGCCCCCAUACUCACGAGCAGCAGGAACACGGCCGCCGCGCCACAAGAAGCCCGAGCAGACCGCACAUCCUGCUCGCCCUUGAACGCCGAGACGGCGCGACCAUCGACGCGGCCCUCGCCGUGGCGCGCGACGAGUUUGGCCUCGACUUCCAGCGCAUCCCGCACCGCAAAGUCAAAAAGACGUUUGACAGCCAUGGAGAUGGUCGGUCCUGGCGCAGGGACGACUGGCUGGGCGUCGAAAUAUGGCAGCUGUGA